CAGAUCAGCCUCUGAGUUGUGACGUAGUUGCACUUCCGUACGCUGUAGAAUGAGUUGUUGUUCUUAAAAUGGCGCCGUUGGACCUGGAUAAGUAUGUUGAAAUUGCAAGACAGUGUAAAUAUCUUCCAGAGAACGACCUAAAGAGAUUGUGUGAUUAUGUAUGUGACCUACUACUAGAGGAAUCAAAUGUACAGCCAGUGUCCAGUCCAGUCACUGUUUGUGGUGACAUCCAUGGACAGUUUUAUGACUUGUGUGAACUUUUCAGAACUGGAGGACAAGUACCAGACACAAACUACAUUUUCAUGGGUGACUUUGUGGACAGAGGGUAUUACAGUUUAGAAACUUUCACAUACUUGCUAGCACUUAAAGCGAAGUGGCCGGACCGCAUCACACUGCUGCGUGGGAAUCAUGAGAGUAGGCAGAUUACACAAGUGUAUGGCUUUUAUGAUGAGUGCCAAACUAAGUAUGGAAAUGCCAAUGCUUGGCGAUACUGCACAAAAGUGUUUGAUAUGCUGACUGUUGCUGCCUUGAUAGAUGAGCAGAUCCUUUGUGUGCAUGGUGGCCUUUCACCUGACAUCAAGACUCUGGACCAGAUUCGCACCAUUGAGCGGAACCAGGAAAUUCCCCACAAGGGGGCAUUUUGUGAUCUCGUCUGGUCUGAUCCAGAGGAUGUUGACACUUGGGCUAUCAGCCCGAGGGGUGCUGGCUGGCUCUUUGGCGCCAAGGUCACCAACGAGUUUGUCCAUAUUAACAACCUGAAGCUGAUUUGCCGUGCACAUCAGCUGGUUCACGAGGGCUACAAGUUUAUGUUCGAUGAGAAGCUUGUGACCGUGUGGUCAGCCCCCAACUACUGCUACCGUUGUGGCAACAUUGCCUCAAUUAUGGUGUUUAAGGAUGUGAAUACACGGGAGCCCAAACUGUUCCGUGCCGUGCCUGAUGCAGAGCGAGUCAUUCCGCCCAGAACCACGACGCCCUACUUCCUCUGAGGGCGAGAUCUUCAGUGCCCACUGUGUCCACCCUCCCCUCUUUCUCAUCUUGGUCAACCUCUCUUUUUUUUUUUUUUUUAUUUUUUUUUUUUAUAUAUAUAUAUAUAUAUAUAUAUAUAUAUAUAUAUAUAUAUAUAUAUAUAUAUAUAUAUAUAUAUAUAUAUAUAUAAAAUAUGCAUCCCCUCUCACCACCCCUUCCCCUGAGAUUAGAUUAUGAGGAACCCUGAGCAUGUUGCUAGCCAUUUUCAAGAGAAGUGCAAGCUUGUCAUGUAGGAAUUUGGUGGAAAGUAAGCAGUGCUCCUCUUGGUGCUGUUUUUUGUUAUUUAAUCAUACAUGGAUUAAUCAUAUGUGGUACUACAACUCCUAUAAAAAAAAAAAAAAAAAAGUACACCACCUAGUCAGACCAAGAGUUGAAGCCUUUGAAUUUUGGUGUACUCAGAUUGUUUAAUCUGGCCCUGUUGUCUUGAAGACUGAAGUGCGUAAUGAAAUUGCAAGAUGGGAGUGAGGUUGGACCAGGUGAUGAGACAGAGGAGGCUGUGAUUAUUUUGUACAUUUAAAAAUUGUAUUGAUAAUUUCAUCUUUUUUUCAGAUUUGUUGUAUUUUAUUAUUGUAGAGAUGGUGACCUACAUACCAAUUAAAUAUUGAAAAAUAAACCCCUUUAUUAUUAAUUUAAA